AUGGCGUUCGCUGAGCAACAAGACUGGCCAGACCGAACUCUUAACAUUCUUGUUCCUACCACCAUCUUGUGCGUAUUAAGUACCGCAGUGUUUAUAUGGCGACUUGUCUACGGUAUCAAGGCUAAGCGGAAGCUUGUACUAUGCGAUUAUCUCCUCAUAAUCGCUACGAUGCUGAACAUCGUGACAACGGGCCUUCGUUACCGAACCUGUUACCAUGGUCAGGGCCGUCAUAUGGCAGAUCCCAGUAUCAAAAAACCCUACGAUGUUUUGAAGUAUAUGUACUUUCUCUGGAUUGGACAAAUAUUGAACAUUCUCGCUGUGGGGUUGUUGAAGUAUUCCAUAUGUGCCCUCCUCCUGUCACUAAAGUUCUCACGCAUAUACCUCACGGUGAUAUGGGCUUCGAUUCUGAUGGUAACUGCAUUUAACAUGAUACUGCCUCUCAUGGGAUGCUUCUGUACCACGCCAUUUGAGGCGAACUGGAACAAGACUUUGAAAGGAAAGUGCUUCAUGAAAUUUGGAACAGGUCUCACGUACAGUCAGGGAGUUGCUAACUGUAUCACUGAUGUGAUAUACGUCGUUGCACCCAUCAUAUACCUAUCAAGUAUCCAACUACCAAAGCGUACCCAGUGGGGUCUUCGCAUCGUCUUCUUACUGGGAUUAGCCGCAACGGCCUGUUCAAUUGCAAAGACCGUUGAGCUUUCCGCCCUGAUGAAGACGCGGGAUCCAAUGUGGGACGGUACCUACCUCUCCAUCUGGUCUGCAACCGAGCUCUCAGUCGGCGUGCUUAUCGCAUCUUUGCCUCCACUACGAAAGCAGUUCGACGCAUUCUUCCGACAUGUUCUCUCUUCGAUGGUGACCAGAUCCAAGGCGCAAGCCAGUGGUAACGACAUACCGCUAUACAACGCCAGCCAACAGUUUACGAUUGGCAGUGGACCAAAGAAUGGUCGCUCACGAUUCCAGCGGGACGAUAUUGAUGACGGAGAUAGCGAGAAGUACAUAUUGGAUGACUCUGUGCAGCCUGGCAAGGGUGAGAUUACGAAGACGAUUGUGAAUGAGGUGCGUAGUGACGACAGGAAUAGCGUGCAGGUGCCAGACAGAGCGUAUAACGCGUAUUGCUAG